AUGGCUAACACCAUCACCACCCAAGAACUAGAAAUCCUCUCCAACAAAGCCAUCUCGGCCAAAUCCACCGCAUACUGCCCAUACUCCAAAUUCCGCGUCGGAGCAAGCCUCCUCACCCACUCUGGCGAAUACAUCACCGGCGCCAAUGUCGAGAAUGUCUCAUUUCCCGUGGGCACCUGCGCGGAGAGGGUAGCAUUUGGGACUGCUGUCGUGAGUGGCCAUAAAGAGUUCAAGGCUGUUGCUGUGGCCUCGGAUAUCACACCGGGGGCGUCGCCGUGUGGCAUGUGUAGACAGUUUAUGCGCGAGUUCCUUACGCCAUCGGUCCCGAUCUAUAUGUAUGAUGGGCAGGGGGGACAUAUUGUGAAGACUAUGGGCGAGCUUCUUCCGAAUUCGUUUGGGCCGGAUGAUUUGAGGUAA